GGGCAGGAGCACACUCCAUCCCCCCUUCGGCGGAGACAGCGCUGUGACACAGCCGGGACAGGGAUGGGGAACAACAACAGCAGCACCCAGAGCCCCCCGAGACCCCCCCGGCCCUCCCCCGGGAACGGGACGCGGGGCAGGAGGGCUCCUGUUUACACUGCACGGGGACCCUGGAUAGGGCAGCUGGAUGCGCUGGCAGCGGGGCAGGAGGGGCUCAGGCCCGUCUGCCUGGUGGAGAAUUCCCAGGAGGAGGGGCUGGUGGUCUAUCCCGAGGCCCUGAAGGUGCUGUCGGGGGUCAAACAGCCCGUGGUGGUCGUGGCUGCCAUUGGGUCUGACCAGGAAGGGGUCUCCGGGGACCCCCCCCCCAGCCGGAUGUGGAUGUGCUGCCUCCCCCACCCUCACCUGUCUGACCACACCCUGGUCCUGCUGCACACCGAGGUGCACCUGGACGAGGGGGACCUGGAGAGCUCCCGGUGGCUGCUGGUGCUGACCGUGCUCCUCUGCAGCUCCCUCAUCCACACCAGCCUCGGGAACAUCGCCCAGCAGGACAUGGAGCGGCUGAGGUGGCUGUCGGAGCUGCCCCAGCUCAUCACGUGCAGAGCGAGCCCCGAGCGCGGCGCCCUCAGCGAUUCCCACAGAUUCGCCCUUUUCUUCCCCGAUUUCGUCUGGGCCGUCCUGGAUUGCACCCGGGAGCCCCAGGACGAGGACGGGCAGGAAAUCUCCGAGGACGAGUACCUGGAGCGGGCACUGAGGCUGCGGCCAGGUAGCGACGCCCGGGCCCAGCGGCACAACCUGCCCCGGGAGUGCAUCCGGCAGUUCUUCCCGGAGCGCCGGUGCUUCCUGUUCCAGAGGCACCCGGAGGAGACCCUGGCCGGGCUCCAGCAGCAGAAGUUCCUCAGGUUCCUCCAGGAGGAGGCGCAGCCGAAAACUUUGCCCGGGGGCCUCGUCGUCACCGGGGAACUGCUGGGGAGGCUGGCAGAGAUCUACGUGGGGCAGAUCCGGGCGGGAGCGGUGCCGUGCCUGCAGCGCGCGCUCCAGGACGUGGCCCCGGCGGCCAACGCGGCGGCGGCGGCGGCGGCCGCGCGGCUGUACCGGGAGCGGACGGAGCGCCUGGAGCUGCCGCUGGACUCGGUGACGGAGCUGCUGCGGCUCCACGGGCGCUGCGAGCGAGAGGCUCUGGAGCUGUUCAUGGAGCGGGCUUUCCCGGAUGGAAUCUGCAACGGCCAGGCCGAGUUCAUGCGCCAGAUGGAGGCCCUGAAGGACAAGUUCUUCUCGGACAACGAGCGCCUGUCCCGCGCCAGGUGCGAGAAGGCACUCCAGAACCUGUCCCAGGACAUGGGCACACGGAGCCGGGACAGAUCCCGCGGCAUUCCCGGGGGUUACCUGCAGGCGCUGGUGGAGGAAUACUGGAAGCUGCCCGGCAAGGGGUUGAAGGCAACUGCCGUGCUGCAGGAAUUCCUCAGGAGCAGGAGCAUCCCGAGCACGGAGCGUUCCAUCAGGACGUGGAGGGAGCAGUACCUGCGGGAGCUGGAGCAGAGGAUGCGCGCGGAGAAGGAGGACGAGCAGCGGCAGCGGCAGCAGGAGCAGCUCCGGAGGCGCUCGGAGCACCAGCGGCAGCUCAAAGAGAAGCUCGAGGACUUUGCGGGGAGGCGGCUCCAGGAGCAUCGGCGCCUGAUGGCGCUCAAAUCCCAGGAGGAGAAGUCGCUGCGCCAGGACGGCUUCCAGGAGCAAGCGGACAAGCUCUUCUCCGUGAUCAUGGAGCUGGACUGGGAAUAUCACGGCCGUGGCAGGAACAGAGGCAGCAGGAAGGGCGGGAAUGCCGGCUGGAACGGCAGGAAUGCCGGCUGGAACGGCGGGGAUGGCGGCUGGAACGGCGGGGACGGCGGCUGGAACGGCGGGGAUGGCGGCCUGAACGGCACCGGCAACAGCAACUCCAACGCGUGGAUCCCCGUCCUCGUGGGCAUCGUGGCGAUUCUGGCACUGAUCCUCCUUCGCAUUUAGGGACCCCCAGGAAUUCGGUACAACCCUCCCUGGGGGCAGGGACACCUCUCCUCUGCCCCCGGGGGGGGUUUCCAAGUCCUGUCCCACCCGGCCUGGAGCUUUUCCAGGGAUGGCUUCACGUGAAAAGCGGAGUUUGCCUCGAGCUCUUUGUGUUGGAUUUCUGUGCCAGCGCCCCAGGAGAGCCGAGCCCCUUUGCCCAAAUCCAUCAGCCCCAUCCCGUGGCACAGACUGGUGUAAGAUCCUCUCCCUUCCCUUUCAGAGGCAGUCACACAUUCCUUCUGGAAUCCCAAACCUGGGAAUUACUGCUUUUCACAAAACCUGAACCACUGCUCUCCUCUGGUUGGUGUGGCUGGGAAAGCCCUGGCCAACCCGAAAAUAGGAAUAUUUGUAUUUAUUCCGUCUCAUAAUUCCGUAGAAUCCAUCUGCCAAAGUUCCUGGGGGUUAUUCCUUGCUUUACACGCCCUCCCUGUAACUUUUUUCCCCCUGUUUUUUGACGAUUUGCACAGCAAAUUCCACAUUUCCCACAAAACUUUGCAUCUCAUUUUUAACUUUGCUUUCCUUUGCUUUCAGGAAAAAAAAAAAUUUUCCAGGGAAUGAGUCAUCCCUCUGUGUGUGGGAUGAUGGAUAGGAUUAAAAAUUAGUGGAGACUGAGGAUUACUGGGUAAAAAUGCAGGUGCUGCUCCCUGGAUGGAGCGUGGUCGGCGUGGCCCACUCGGUUCCCUGCACGUUGAUUUGCUCCUGGAACGGGGAGUGGAGCAGAGCGGAAACACCACGGCCUCACUCCUUAAAAAAAUCCGCUGGGAAGGGGACGUGGAGGCACCUUGGAGUUCAUCAGACCCGACAACACCUGUCAGCCGAGAGAAAGAGGUGAAAAUGUUCCGUAGCUGAGCCAGCCCUGCCGAAAUCCCCCCUCCUCUGGCACCCCCCGGCUUGGGAUGCGAAGCCAAGCGGGAGAGUUUUACAUCAAUCAGAGGGAAAAGCCACUCGAGCUCCACCCAAACCCAAAGAGAAGGUGUAAAAGCAAGCUGGGAAAAGGGGGGAAAAAUCAAGGAAGGCUCCACCAGAACUGCUGGGAUCAGCUCAGCUGGCAGGCUGAACCUGCCUUGCCCCCUCUACAGGGACACCUCCGGGGUAAGGAUCAUAUUCUACUCACCUGAAAUGCUGUCACUAGGACUAGAGCUUGUGUUUGUUUGUUCUACAGCGUGGCCACAGAUUGCUUUAAACACAUUUUUGGGGUCAGAGGCUGUCACUGAUGGCCCUGGCCCCCUUGAUUAACCUGUCACAGUUUUUAUCAAUAAACAGUGUUAUUCCAUAA